AUGGCGCCGGAGUCGAGUCGAGACGAAAUGGCGUCGAAUGAGAAAAGCAGAGACGGAAAGGGGGGAGAAAAAUCUCUGGCGAAGACAUCGGAUACGACUGCGGAAGAGGAGCAGGAGACGGUGGGGGGGGUUAGAGGCGGAAAGGGGGGAGAAAAAUCUCCGGCGAAGCCUUUGGAGACGACGGCGGAAGAGGAGCAGGAGACGGUGGAGCAGACGGAGGAGGAUCUGUCCUCUCCUAGUCGUGAGAUGGCGCCGGAGUCGAGUCGAGACGAAACAGCGUCGAAUGAGAAAAGCAGAGACGGAAAGGGGGGAGAAAAAUCUCCGGCGAAGCCAUCGGAUAUGACUGUGCCGUCGGAGACGACGGCGGAAGAGGAGCAGGAGACGGUGGGGGUUAACACAUAG